AUGGACAAGAAGCACGAGGAUGUUGGUGGAGUGGCACAGAUCGAUAAGACUUCCGUGUUCCAGGAAGCACGAGUAUUCAGCCAGAGUCCGAUAUCGCCGCGGAAAUGCAGAGUGAUUCUGACCAAGCUUGCAUUGCUGCUCUUCACCGGCGAAAGCUGGGGGAGACAGGAAGCUACUAACCUUUUCUUUGGCAUCUCGAAACUCUUCUCAAACAAAGAUGCCUCCCUCCGCCAGAUGGUCUACCUUGUCCUCAAGGAGCUCGCCGGCAACGCAGACGAUGUUAUCAUGGUCACAGCCUCCAUCAUGAAGGACACCUCCGUCGGCAGCGACGUCGUAUACCGGCCCAAUGCGAUCCGCGCCCUCUGCCGCGUCAUCGAUGCCUCCACCGUACAGGCGAUUGAGCGUCUUGUCAAGACAUGCAUCGUGGACAAGAACCCCUCCGUUGCCUCGGCCGCACUCGUUUCGUCGUAUCACCUUCUCCCCGUCGCAAAGGAUGUUGUUCGGAGAUGGCAGUCAGAAGCUCAAGAGGCGGCAUCAGGUCCAAAGUCUGGUGGCUUUUUAGGCGGUUUCGGAGGCAGCUCGCACAGCACCCUCCAGGCGAGCACAAACUACAUGUCGCAGUACCACGCCAUUGGACUGCUGUACCAGAUGCGGUCAGGCGACAGGAUGAGCUUGGUCAAGAUGGUCCAGCAAUACUCCGCUGCGGGUGUAGUCAAGAGCCCUGCUGCUACUGUGUUGCUGGUCAGGCUCGCCUCCAAGCUCGCAGAGGAAGACCCGAAUUUGCGCAAGCCCAUGGUACAGCUCCUCGAUGGCUGGUUGCGCCACAAGUCCGAGAUGGUCAAUUUCGAGGCGGCAAAGGCCAUCUGCGACAUGCGCGGUGUAACAGACGCCGAGCUCGUGCAGGCUGUCCACGUUCUGCAGCUCUUCCUCACAUCUCCUCGCGCUGUCACAAAGUUUGCUGCUCUAAGGAUAUUGUCCACCAUGGCCUCGUUCAAGCCCGAUGCUGUCCGAUCUUGCAACCAGGAUAUCGAAUCGCUCAUCACCAACUCUAACCGCAGCAUUGCCACCUUCGCCAUCACCACCCUCCUCAAGACGGGCAAUGAAUCUUCUGUUGAUCGCUUGAUGAAGCAAAUUUCUGGUUUCAUGGCUGAGAUCACAGACGAGUUCAAGGUGACCAUCGUUGAAGCUGUCCGCACAUUGGCCCUCAAGUUCAAGUCGAAACAGGCUGGUUUCCUUGCAUUCCUCAGCGGUAUCCUUCGUGAUGAGGGUGGCUAUGAAUUCAAGCGAUCCGUGGUUGAAGCUAUCAUGGAUCUCAUCCGUUUCGUUCCGGAAGCUAAGGAGGAUGCUCUGGCUACCCUCUGCGAGUUCAUUGAAGACUGCGAGUUCACCAAGCUUGCAGUCCGCAUCCUCUUCGUACUCGGACGGGAGGGUCCCUCCACACCACACCCAACCAAGUAUAUUCGGUAUAUUUACAACCGCGUCGUUUUGGAGAACGCCAUUGUUCGCGCAGCUGCCACUUCCGCGCUUGCCAAGUUCGGUGUUGGGCAGAAAGACCCCGAAAUCAAGAAGUCUGUUCAUGUACUCCUUAGCAGGUGUCUUGACGAUGUCGACGAUGAGGUCCGAGACCGCGCUGCGCUUAACCUGAGAUUGAUGGACCAGGACGACGAACUCGCGCUCAGCUUUGUCCGAAACGACUCCAUGUACUCAUUACCCACCCUCGAGCACCAGCUCACCAUGUAUGUCAGCUCCGACUCGAAGGACACUUUCCAGGACGCUUUCGACAUUACCAAGAUUCCCACUGUAUCUCGCGAACAGGCAGAUGCAGCAGAUCUCAGCAAGAAGACCGAAGGCUCCACACCCAUACUCAAAGCCCCGAGCGCCACAAAAGCACCCGCCAAGACUGGCGCAGAUGCGGCCGCUUCAGCGACUGCAGCAACACAGAAGUACGCCGAAGAGCUGCAGAAGAUCCCAGAGCUGGCUGCGCACGGUGGCUUGCUCAAGUCCAGUGCUGUGGUUGAGCUCACAGAAUCCGAAACGGAAUACGUCGUCACUGCUGUCAAGCACAUCUUCAAGGACCACGUUGUUUUCCAGUACGAUGUCAAGAACACACUUCCCGACACUGUACUUAUGGACGUGGAAAUGGUUGUUGCCGCCGAGGACGAUGAUGUAGGCCUGGAGGAAGACUUCAUCAUUCCCGCGCCAAAACUUCCCACAAACGAGCCUGGCACCAUCUACGUCUCAUUCAAGCGCCUGGAAACCGAGUCACAGUUCAUCGCCACAUCGUUUACAAAUACGCUCAAGUUCGUCAGCAAGGAAAUCGAUCCCAGCACUAACGAGCCUGAAGAAGGCGACGGCUAUGCCGAUGAGUACCAAGUCGAGGACUUGGACCUCAACGGCGCAGAUUAUGUUGUCCCCGCAUACGCAGGUAGCUUUGACAACGUCUGGGAGCAGUCGAACGUCGAUUCUGCGACCGAGACGCUGCAGCUUUCUAACAUAAAGAGUGUCGCAGAUGCAACCGAACAACUCAUUAAGACACUCUCCCUCCAGCCCCUCGAGGGCACAGACGUCCCGCUCUCGCAAUCAACGCAUACGCUUAAGCUGUACGGCAAGACGAUUACGAAUGGCAAGGUUGCGGCUAUGGUGAGGAUGGCGUUUAGCGCGAAGACGGGCGUUACGAUGAAGAUCGAGGCGAGGAGUGAGGAGGAGGGUGUUGCGGCGCUAGUUGUGGGGAGCGUGGCGUAA